AUGCGCCCGACCAAGAACAGCAGCUUGACUAGCUGUGGAGCUCCUGUGCACAAUCGCGGCCCUCAAUACACCGUCCUGUCAAACGUGCUGUUCUCGACCGCCGCCGGCUUCGUCGUUGUACGAUUUGCUUUCAAAAUACUAGUCACCCGGGUCGACAUUAGCUGGGAUGAUUGGGCUGUACUGGCUACAACGAUCAUAUCCGUGCCCAGUGCGAUCAUCACCGUCUACGGGACCGUCAGGCAUGGUCUGGGACAACAUAUCUGGGCACUGCGACCCGAAGAGAUUACCACCAUGCUGAAGUACUUCUACGUCAUGGCGGCACUCUACUUCACGCAGACUGCGCUCUUGAAACUCUGCUUGGUUUUCUUCUACAUCCGCGUCUUUCCCAGUAAAAGUGUCCAGCGCUUGCUUUGGGGUACUGUCAUCUUUGUGGUAGCGUGGGGUUUUACCUUCGUUCUUGCUGCUCUCCUCCAAUGCCAGCCCGUCCGGUAUUUCUGGGAGCACUGGGAUGGGCUCCACGAAGGCCAUUGCGUGGAUAUCAACGCCAUCACGAAUACCCACGCUGCCAUUAGCAUCGCAUUGGACAUCUGGAUCCUUGGGAUACCCAUGUGGCAACUGAGACACCUCAAAUUGCAUUGGAAGAAGAAGGUUGGCGUCGGGCUGAUGUUCUCCGUCGGUACUUUCGUCACUGUGGUCAGCAUCUUGCGGUUACGCGCUUUGAUGAACUUCGCAGCCUCUUCUGACGCGAGUUGGGAGUUUUACGACGUGUCAGUAUACAGCACAAUCGAAAUAUGUGUGGGCAUCAUGUGUGCCUGCCUACCGACAGUACGUCAGCUUCUCGCUAAGCUGUUUCCCAUUCUGCAAGGCUCCUCAUCUCGCAGUCGAAGGCAUUACUACAACUGCGACGAAAGCAAGGAACUCCAGCAGAUAGGUCGAAGCAACACAUCGCAUGACGUCCGAAUCGGGACAUCGGUCUCGCCGGUUAAACAUGGAUCAACAGAAUUCAAUGAAGAGGACGGGAUCGUGGUGGAAAAGUCGUACACGAUCAAACGCAGCCACAAUGGUGUGGACGAAGUGAGUCUAGUCUCACACAAGGGCCAGAAGCCAGGGGAACUCAUGACGCACGAUUUAAUGUAA